AGGCAGUCUACGCCGACGUAGUUUUGGGGCUUUGUAGAGUUAAGAGAGGAGCCGGUACCGUGAGCAGCCGGCUCUAGCUUUCAUAAUUAGCUUUGUUAGUUUGGCCUGGGAGGGGCUGACAUUCAGAACAUCCAACUCCUGGUCUUUUUGAGUAAUUUCUACCAGACAUAUACUCGUUAGUUAUAUAUAAAAGCAGCUGGUCCGGAUACGACUUUGAAAAAAAGGGGGCUAAAGCAGCUUCUCACAUUCCGAGCCUUACAAAGGAAACCACCGUGGGUUAAACAUCUGAACCGAAGUCCAGGUUCUGUUUCAGAGGUGGUUUCUCCCCAAGUCUGGCAGCAGGCUGUGGUUUUAAGAUGUCUCAAAUAACUUCAGAUCAGUGAGUCCAGCUUGUUCCGCCUGCAGGGAGACACUACAGCCUGCCAAAGCUGCUACCGUAACAACUUCUUAUUCCGGACUGAGCUGUUGGCCGCCGGUGUUUUUUGUGGAAAAUGAAACCGUUGUUACGGGCAUAGCGAGACGGAAAAGCUGCUGGUAUGAUGCAUUCUGGGACUAGCCGACGGUAGCUAGCUGCGAGCUAACAGGCAUCCCGCUAACUUUUGGUGCUGCUGGAGACGAUAUUCACCUCCUGGUGUUCUUUGUGGGUUCAAUGACCGCUUAACCUGGACGGACGCAUAGAACCGACCCGAACCUGAAGCGAUACAAACCGCCUCAACCGUUCCGAACCGCAGCUAGUUAGCUAGCAGGCUAACUAGUUAGCUGCUAGUUAGCUAGCAGGCUAAAGCUAAAAGUAACGGCUGGUUGGCGGAGAGGAAGCUAACAGCCGCGAGCCCAGGAUGGCAGCACCUUCUAACGAGGCCUUGUUCCUGAUAAAGGACGUGAAACCCGGCUCUAAAAACCUAAAUAUUGUGUUCAUCGUGCUGGAGAUCGGGCGAGUGACCAAAACGAAAGACGGCCAUGAGGUGAGGUCCUGUAAGGUGGCCGACAAGAGCGGGAGCAUAGCCAUCUCUGUCUGGGACGAACUGGGGAGCCUCAUCCAGCCUGGGGACAUCAUCAAGCUCACCAGAGGCUAUGCAUCCAUAUGGAAAGGAUGCCUGACCCUGUACACUGGAAGAGGAGGAGAUCUUCAGAAGAUUGGAGAGUUCUGCAUGGUUUACUCCGAGGUGCCCAACUUCAGUGAACCCAACCCAGAACUUCUGGCCCAAGCCAACCAGCAGAACAAGUCUGGGAAACCUGACCAGAACCAGAGAGGAAACUCUCCACCCAAUCAGAACUCAGGUACACCUGCUCCACCAGGUAAUGGUGCGAUGCCGCCUUUUGGCAACAACCCAACAGGCGGCGCGCCCCGGGACCCGACGUUCGGCGCCGUCGGGCGCCCAAACGGCCGGUCGACGGGCAACGGCGCUCCGCCCGUCAACGCCGCCGGACCCCCGCCAACCACAAAGUCCUCCGUCACCAUCAGCAACGGCAGGGACCCACGACGUGCCAAGAGAUGAAGCUGGAGGAGAAGACAAACCCGGGUUGUCCUCGUGUCCCCCCCCCCCCCCCCCACACUGCCUGUGACGGCCUUCACAACAAUGAAUCAUUUUUCUACAGUCCAAAGUAGUCAGACGCAUCAUUUUUGUCUUGGUUGCCUCCAGGUCCCGGUCCACCACCUACGCCAUCAGAACUCUGACUCAGACCUGAUGGUUGGGUUCUGCUCCGCUCCUGUGAAUGACCAGCUCUGUGCCAGUGUUACCCCCCCCCCCCCCUCCUAUUCUUGCAGAGAACACAUCCUACUUGAACACUCGAUGCACUUUCUUCUCUUAAUUUAUGUCGACGCUCGGCUGUCGUUCAUGUCAGGAAAAGGCAUUCCUCCUUUUUUUUUUUUUUUUUUUUAUUUAAGUGGAAAAACGGCCUUAAGCGGGUGAGAAGCGUUCUGGGACUGGAUGCUGCAGCAAAAAGUGACUAAAAACAGGCCAGUCAGCGGUUUAAAGCAGAAUUAUGUGGACUGGUGACCAUCGCUCCAUUAAAACAUGUUCGCCGUGAAUUGUACCUUUUUUAUCCUGGUGACGACCGCCUGCCAACAACGGUUCACCGACUCAGUUUUAGAGUAAUUAUGCUGCCAUAUUUGUUCUUUUGGAUCCAUAAACUAUUGGUAUCAAUAAAUUCUGACAUGUUGGGUUCACUGGCUCUUAA